AUGGUGACUGGAGAGUGCACAUUUGAGAUCAAGACACUUUAUCCUAAGUGUACCUGCCCCUUAACAUAUAAAAAUGGGCAAGUUACAUCAGCCUAUGUGGCAAAGAGGUAUUUGGAGGAUUUUGGUAAGAAUCCUAAUUGGGAGGUCUUAGGUGUUAAGCACCAUGUGAUGCAGAAAAUUUCAUUUGAUUUAAAUCUUAGUCAGGUGUAUAAAUCAAGGAAGGCAGCUAGGGGGCUGAUUACUGGGAAUGAAAAGGCUCAGUAUGGCUUACUUAGAGAUUAUGUAGAAAUGAUAUUAAGGACAGAUGUAGGAAGUAGGGUGAUUUUGCAAAUAGAGAUGGAAAAUGAGAAUGCAGAGCCCAAGUUUAAAAGGAUGUACAUUAUGAACAAUGCUCAGAAGGUUAGCUUUCUAGGUGGUUGUAGACCCUUUGUUGGGUUGGAUGGAUGCUACUUGAAGGGUAGGUUUGGUGGGCAAUUAUUGUCUGCCACUGCCAAGGAUGAACAUGACAAUAUAUUCCCAGUGGCAAUGGCUGUGGUUGAGCACGAGAAUAAGGAUAGCUGGAUCUGGUUCUUGGAGCAGUUUGCAGAUGACAUUGGCAGGCCAGAGGAGCUCAAUCUGGUAUUCAUCAGUGACAGGCAGAAGGGCCUUCUACCUGUAAUGGAGACUCUAUUCCCAACUGUGGAGCAUAGGUAUUGUGUGAAGCACGUAUACAACAACUUCAAGGUUAACUACAAGGGCAUGGAGUUGAAGAGUGUACUGUGGAGGUGUGCUGGCACAACAUCAGCCAGGGAAUUUGAGAGGGGGAUGGACCAUCUUAAGAGUUUGGAUGAAGAAGCUUGGAAGUACCUGACUGAUAUAGAGCCUGCACAGUGGACUAGAUCCCACUUUUGUUCAAGAGCUUUGAUAGAUUGUAUGGUAAACAAUCUGAGUGAGAGUUUUAAUUCUAUGAUUGUGAAGGCUAGAGACAAGCCCAUCUUAUCAAUGCAGGAGUGGAUCAGAGUUAGGCUUAUGAGCAGGCUGUAUAUAAAGAAGACUGACAUAGAAAAGUUUGGUGGUAAGUUGUGUCCAAGCAUACAAAAAAAGUUGGAGCAGUUAAAAUUAGAGUGUAAGGGUUUCUGUGCAAUGCCUUCUGGGAGGUUUGUGUAUAAGGUUGACAAUGAGAGGGAAAGACAUGUGGUAAAUAGGACAUGUAGUUGUAGAGUAUGGGACUUGACAGGAAUCCCCUACAAGCGUGGAGUUGUAGCCAUUUUUAUGAAUCGUGAGAAACCAGAAGACUACACCCAUCCAUGCUACUACAAGGAUGCUUAUAUGGAGACAUACAAGACACCCAUACCUCCUAUGCCUGGCCAGUCUGAGUGGAUAUCAAAUGGUCAACCCAAGCUUGUUGCACCUAUUAUCUAUAGGCCACCAGGGAAGUGGAAGGCCUUCUACACACAGAUAAGGAUCCCAGGCCCCAUCUUCAUCACAGACCCAAUCCUCAGCUUAGCUCUUACCAAUACAUCAGCCUUACACUAUGGCCUCAUCCUCAUCCAACCAGGCAGUAGGGUCAUAGCCACAAGCUCCAGCUCCAUAGCCACAAGCUCCAUGGUCAGGGCCACCAGCUCCAUGGUCAUAGAACCCAAGUCAGUGGUAUUUUUCAGACUUCAGCCUACAAGAGCACCUGCUACCAGAGGAGCUGCUUUGAGAGGAAAGGGUGAUGCAGCUAAGGCUCAGAAAUGUAGAACAAGAGGUGGAAAGGCUAGCUAUGGUGGGAGAGGCAGGGGCAGGGGCAGUAAAUGA